CCCUCCCUAUCAGUGAAAAGAUAUUAUACAACUUGCUAUAAGUUUCCAGCUGGAUGCUCCAUUCAAGUUACACCCCUCCCUCCACUCUCUAUGCAGUGUCUGUGAGAAGAUAGAGUUCCGAAAAGUGGCAAUGGCUCAACAACAUUCCACAUCAAUGACUGAGGCACAUUUAGCAACUCUUCAUGCAUGCCGGGUUGAAAUUGAAAAGGGACUUGAUGUGGAGCACAUAAUGGGAAGAUGCAGACAGGAGGGGGUCAUUACUAAAGCUAUACAGGAUCAAAUACGAGCACAGACUACACCUAUGAAAAAAUGUAGGGAAUUUUUAGACAUUCUUGAAACACGUAACACCGAUGCAUUUGAUGUUUUUGUAACUGCACUAAAAGAAGAAAAUUAUGAACAUUUGGCUUCUAAACUUGAAAAUAUGUUACCUAUUCAGUCUUUCACCAUUGCAAAAAGUAACCUAAAAAUAGCAAGUAUGAAAACAGCCACUUUGAAGAACUUAAAGGCAGAAGAGCAAUCAGUUACACAAUCAUCUAUUGCAGAAGUUGAGGCUUUAUGUGCUCAGUUAAGAUCAGAUCUUGGUUUCAAAAAUAAUCAGGUAAACCCAACCACUACAAGCCUAGAUCUAUCUCAAUGUAGUCUUACACUAAAACAAAAAAUUGAAUUACCCAAUUCUUGUCGGGGUUUGUGUUUCACUCCAAAUGGAGAGAUAGCUGUGGUCAUUAUGAAUCUUGGAAUUGUGAUAUACAGAAAAGACUUUUCUAUCAAAUUUAAGUUCAAAGUAGAUAAGCCUGUCAAUGUUGUUUGUCUCCCAACUGGGGAAUUUAUAGUGUCAUCAAGAGAGAACAACUGUGUCAAAUUGUUUGAUAGUAAUGGUCAAUAUAAGGAAGAUAUAUGUCAGCAGGUGAACUGUCCAAUUGGCCUCGCCUACAACCACCAACUGGGGCUGGUGGUAACUGGGUGUAAUCCUAACAGUGUAUACCUGUGCACAUCUUCAGGUGAAGUGACACACACUAUCACCAAUGAUGAAUUCAAAUUGUUGGGUAGAGUUCAUAUCAAUCCAUACAAUCUUCAUCUAUUAGUGUCUGAAAAUACCACCAAUACUCUACAUUGUCUCAAGAAGGAUGGCACUCAAGUAUUCAAAUUUAAGGGUCAGGGGGAUGAUAAGUUGAAUGAUCCCAGAGGUAUCUUUGUGACUGAGCAGCAUAUUCUGCUGGUGGAUGCUGGCAACCAUAGAGUAUUGCUGCUCAAUCACAAGGGUGACUUCAUUAAGGUUCUACUGACAAAGCAGCAGCAUGACUUGUAUGGUCCUACUGGGAUACUAGUAGACAGCACUGGGAACAUCCUGGUAGGGGAAAGUCACAGGGCUGUUGACAGGAAGGAUCUCCUAUAUGUGUUCAAAGGGAAUACAUAAU